UCAGUUCUACAUCCACCAUAUAAAAGGCAGGUAAAUCUUUGUUCUUCUAUUUUUAUUAAAGAACUCCCUUAUAAGGAAAUACUAUGAAGAUUCUUUCGGCAUUAUUUUUGGCCGUUUUCGUGGCUCAAACCUGGAGUUAUUCUCUAACAGGACCCUUAAAGAAGCGCCAAGGAUGCUUGUUGUGUACUGACGAGUAUGAACCUGUUUGUGGCGUUAAUAGCGAAGGAAUUAGAAAAACUUUUGGAAAUAAUUGUGACUUGGACCAGUGGAAUUGCGUCACAGGAGAAGAUUAUGAACACAUAAGUCAUGGAGUUUGUCCAGAAUCUGUAAAAUCCGGUUUCGGAGAUCCAACAUGCACCAUUGUUUGUCAAAUUGGACAAUUCCCUUCUUGUCACUGUUAAAUGAGGAAUUCCAGAGGACACAAUAAGAAUUAGUAUACGAUGUUAUUCACUACUUAAAAUUUGAUUUUCUAACAGUUUAUAACAAAACUUAAUAAACAAAUUAUUAAUUC